UUUCCUGCCAUGUCGACCUCGUAUGCCGCCCAGAGUAACCUGCCCACCAUUCUCGGGGUCCUGACUACCUUCUUCUUCCUGGCCAUCAUCGUCGUCGGUCUGCGAGUCUAUAGCCGCCUUCGUAUCGCACGAGCUGCCGGUAUUGAUGAUCUUCUCAUUGUGAUUGCAGCGUUGGGACAAUGGAUCGUCAUUCUCAUCCAAGCUCACCACGGACUCGGCCGGCACCAGGACACCCUCUCCGCGACCGAGCUGACCAUUUUUAACCAUGCCAGUUUCUGGGGAAAUGUCAUCGGGAUUGCCAUCGGCACCAUGUUCCUGAAGCUCUCCAUCGCGGUGAACCUGCUCCGUGUGUGUCAGAACCGCUGGUUCACGGUGGUGUUGUGGAUUUUGAUCGUCAUUGUGAUUCUCUACGAGCUGGUCGGCACACUUUUCUUCUUCCUCAACUGUCGCCCCAUGGCCGGAUCAUGGGAUCUGACCAUCGAUGCCAAAUGCGCAUCUACCAGAGUCAUCGUUAUCUUUGGGCUUAUCAACACGAGCUUCAAUAUUGUCACUGACGUGGCCCUUGCCAUCCUCCCGAUUCCUAUUAUCUGGCGUCUGAAUAUGAAGCGCUCCGUGCGUAUCUACCUGGUCGGCGUUCUCAGUCUGGGGUACCUUGCGGUUGCGAUGGACAUUGUUAAAUCUUAUUAUCAAGAAACAUACACGGUGACCACGGACGAAACUUACACGUUCAGCUUAAUUUUCUAUGGAUUUCUGGAAGAUUGCGUUGGAAUAAUUGCCGCUUCGGUCCCCAUGCUCAGGCCACUGGUUGGCAAGGCCCUCGGGCUUGGAUCAACAGACACCUACUAUCCAUAUGGC